AUGACGGGCAGACAGAUGACCCUACCUCUGCACCUGCUGUAUCAGCCAGGUGAGGCCAGUAUAGCAACGGCCUACACGACCCAUCAGUAUAUGACUGACUUACACCAGCACCUGAAGGCAACGUUUGCCUUCACCCAAGAGCAUCUCAGCAAAAGUGCUGAAGGACGUAAGUCCUAUUAUGACCAAAAAGCCUCCCAACAGGAACUCCAAGUAGGUGACAAGGUAUGGUACUACCUGUUCACCCAGCCCACUGGAGAUAAAGCCCCAAAGUCUGGGAGACUGGCACGAAAGUUCCUGCCCCGCUGGGCAGGCCCGUACCUGAUCACUGAAAAGCUCUCUUCUGUUGUGUACCAAAUUAAGAUCGCAAAGGGCAACAAAGAGCCGACCCUUAAAUGGGUCCACCGCAACCAGAUUAAACUUCACCACAACCCCAUGGGACUUGUCGGGGCCUCCAGCGCCACCCUUGAGUCAUAA